GCAGAAGACUACCGGUACAUUGAUGAAAGGUUAGCCAAGUGUAAAUUGUCAUUGUAGUAUUUGUAUGUUUGGUUUUAAAAUGGAUUUCAGCAUUCGACCGCCUAAAGCAGAAGAUUUCAAUGAUUUAUUUCGCAUGGUCACGGAGCUGUCUCUUCACGAGAAGUCAUCUGACUUGCAGGUAUCAAGAGAAGAGCUGAUGCAGGAAUUAUUCUGUGAAUCCCCUUCACUUCAGUGCCUCGUUGCAAAGAUACCAGACCACUGUAAGACUCAUCAAGGCCAUACAGUUGUUGCAUACGUUCUGUAUACAAAUGCCUAUUGCACUUGGAAUGGCAGAGCUGUGUAUUUGGGGGAUUUCUAUGUCAUGCCAGAAUGCAGAGGCAAAGGAAUCGGAAAAGGUCUCCUAAGUACAGUGGCAAAGAAAGCAAAAGAGCAACUCUGUGCCAUUAUGCUGACGGAGAUGAGAGAGAUGACACCCCUCAUAGAGUUUUACAUGGCCAAAGGUGCAGAAGACCUCAAACUGACAGAAAGACGUCACUUUUUACGCUUUGAUGGGGAUGCCGUGGACCAACUCGCACAAGGAGCAAACUAAUGAUUGCAUUUGAAAUUAUAUUUUACUUAAUCAAAGAUGAAAGUUUGGAAAACGGCUCAGAAAACACUGCAGAACAUGAUGACGCACUGGGCGAAACAGGUUGUUCACUCCAAGAAAUAAAAUAAGAAAAAAAGAACCAGUGUUCUGUGUUUUCUGAACUUUCAUCUUUGAUGAAGUUUUCCUGCCUCACACCUGCACCUGUAUUACUGAGGGCUUGUGCACAGGACCUCUCUUGAACUCUUAUAUUUUACUGCAAUUUACUAAUUUUUGUAUUAAUGAAUGAAAGACCUGUGUGGCAUUGAUAUGUACUUUGGU